UGGCCACACCGGCUCUGGGCACCGUGCCCUCUGGUCAGUCCCUGCAGCCAACAACCCAAAGCCCGGUGGCUCAGUCCUAGACAAUGGACAGCCAAGCAAUGUGCUGACUCCUUCCCCGAGCCCCAGGCCUGCUGGGCUUCCAGGACCGACAUGUAUAAAUAGACCUGUGAUGUCCGCAGGUCAGGACAUGGUUUGACUCUGAGCACUGUGCACCAAUUCAGAUUAAUCAGAACAAGAGUUGUGACAGAAUGGCUUUGACUAAUCCCAACCCAAUGGGACCAUGGAAGAUCACUGUGUACGACCAGGAGCACUUCCAGGGCAAGCGCAUGGAGUUCACCGCUUCAUGUCAGAAUGCCAUGGAGUGUGGCUUCGACAACAUCCGUUCCCUGAAGGUCGAGUGUGGAGCCUGGGUGGGCUAUGAGCACUCCAGCUUCAACGGGCAGCAGUUCGUCCUGGAGAGGGGAGAGUACCCUCGCUGGGAGUCCUGGAGUGGCAGCAACGCCUACCACAUCGAGAGGAUGAUGUCCUUCCGCCCCAUCUGCUCUGCAAGCCACAAGGAGUCUAAGAUGGUGGUGUUCGAGAAGGAGAACUUCAUUGGCAAGCAGUGGGAGAUGAACGACGACUACCCCUCCCUCCAGGCCAUGGGCUGGGCCAACAAUGAGAUUGGGUCCAUGAAGGUGCAAAGUGGAGCCUGGGUGUGCUACCAGUUCCCAGGUUACCGUGGUUACCAGUACAUCAUGGAGUGUGACCGUCAUGGUGGAGAGUACAAGCACUACAGGGAGUGGGGUUCCCAUGCUCAGACCUUCCAGCUGCAGUCACUGCGCAGAAUCCAGCAGUGAGCCCAGCAUCCUCCUGUCCCUCUCUUCUGUCCCUCUACCAUCUUCUCCUCUUCCUUCCUCCGAUCAUUUUAGGGCUUUGGCAGUUCUGUCAGACCUGACACUUCUGCUGUGUUUACAUUCCCUUAAGCUGUGCUAUUACAAAAGAUUAAUAACGAAAGAGCAGAUGCCAAAGAACAAGCUAUUUUGAUGGAAUGAAAUUGUCCAUUACCCAUUUAGAGGAGAAACAGCGCCCUCUGCUGGUGGUAGUGGGAUAGUGAGGCUAACUGCUAAAGGUGUUGAUGCAGAGCACACUUCUCUUGCAGAAUUCUUCUUUGAGAAAAACAAAUUGGCUAAGUGGAAAAAUAAAAACAAGAUAUUAACUUUC